AGUCAGUCUCCCUCCAGCAGCCGAAGAGGGAGGGUGUGUGUCGUUCGCCUCUCAGUCUGCCUCUGAGAAACGGGAACUGUGUGUGUGUGUUUGACGGUGUUUGUUGAGCCGUGGGACUCGCGAGGUGAUUAGUAGGACCCUAAAUCACCGUGGAAAAAUAACUCCCACCCAGAGAAAGACAAACAAGUGAACGGUGAAGGAUUAAGCGAACCAAGACGGAAAAAAGAAACCCUUGAAAAAUAAGACCCAAGAAAAGAAAGACAGAAAUAAAAACAGUGAAGGAGUUAAGAGCCGUAAAGGGGGAUAAGCGGACAAACGGAGAAUAACGGAGAUAAACAGAGAAACAUAAGAUAAACAGACAUAAAGGAAAUAGCGAAAAAAGAAGAAAGGCGAAGAAUAAAGUGAGGAAGGUGUUAAGAGAAGGUGGAAAAGAGGAAUGAUGAUAAAUAGGAAGAAGUGAAAGGGGUGAGAAAAAGAGAGAGAAAACCGCGUAAAGAAAAGUGAUUAGAGAAAGAAAGAAGGAAAAAGAACGGAAAGAACGGUCGUGUUGAGAUCAGUAAAAUAAAGUAUAAAAAAAAAAAAAGUUCUGAAAGUGAAAAAAAAAAGAACAAGUACCACAAAACAACGAAAAACUGAAAAAAAAGAGGAAAAGAACGUUAAAAAGGCGCUAAAGAGAAGAAGAACGGCGGUGUUGAACUACUACUGGUGGCGUGAACUUAUGGUAGCGGUGUUGACGUGGUGAGGGAAAGGUGUUGAAGAGGCCUUGUGUGGUGUUGGUGAGGUACUGGUGAACUUGUACUGGUGGUGGAGUGGUGAAGGAAAGGUGUUGAAUAGGCCCUGUCUGGUAGUGUGGUACUGGUGAACUUGUGCUGGUGGUGAGGAAAGGUGGUGACUAGACCCUGUGUUGUGGUGGUGGUGGUGAGGCAGUGGUGGUACUGGUGAUGAGAUGUGAAGCCUGGUGAUGAUCCUUUCGCUGCCCACUGACGCGGCGCUGGAAAAUUAUGUCCAGGCGGCGGGCAUGGGGGGCGCCAACUGGGUCAACGGAGGGGGUGGUGAGUGGGGGGAGAGGGGGGAGGAGUGGGGUGCGGAGUGGGGGGAGCCUAAUGAAUGUGACUGUGGCGGCCCCCCUCCUCCUACCUUUUCCUUGCCCCCUCCUCCUCGUCCCCCGCCCCCCCCAGACGCCCCCUACAGCCCCCCAGGUGAGUGCAGCAACCCGCCCUUCACCUGCCCGAGUCUCCUGGGGGCGCGCGAGGACCAGCGGCCAGGGGGGGGGACGCGCGCCCCAGUAGCCGUUGUGGUGGUGUCGGCGGCUACCCUGGUGGUGCUGGUGGUGGUGGCGGCGGUGAUAGUGUGCAGGCUGCGCGGGCGGGGUCGUGCUCCCAAGGGCUGCACGGAGCUGAGCGGCGCCAUCAUCUACGACGACCUGCCCUCCGCGCCCUCCCUCGUGCCCUCCCGCUCGCGGCCGCGCUUCAAGCCGGUGCCCGUGGACGGCGAGGAGAUGAUGAUGGGCAUGACCAUGGGCGUGCACCUCUACACGCCCGAGCCCCGCAGCAACGCGCCCUCGGAGCACCUCUACCAGAGCAUAUCCUCGGGCAGCGAGACCUGCAGCUACAGCACCAGCGAGGCGGCGGGCCAGGACGGACGGGCGCUGCUGAGGGGCGCGCGUCACGCCCCACGCGUCCGCACCGCCACGGCCCUCACGGACACGGACAGCGAGGAGGAGCCCCUGGCCGCCCUAGCGGGCCUCGGCGAGCCCAGCGACACGGACACGCCCUCGCCCUCGCCGGCCCACGUCCGCUACUACUGCCCCUCGGCGCCGCCGCUGUCCCGGUCGCCCGGCCCCGACUACGAGAGUGUCUACUACGUGGGCGGCGUCAGGCGGGGGCGGCCCGCCACCCCCCAGCAGCGCGGGCUGCCGCCCCUCCCCUCCCGCACUGACAGAUUCCGUACCUACUUCUCCGUUGAGCGCGGCCACCACCGCCGUCCGCGGCGCCGCCCGGCCGACCGUCGCCACAACCUGCACCACAGCCACCCGCCCGAGGCCGAGCCGCUCUACGAGAACCUCACCUAGUGACCACCCGCCUAGGGACGCACCCCUCCCCUCCUCCCUGCCUGCUGCAUCCCUUACCCCCUCCUGCCCUUUGAUGGCGUCCGCCCAACCCUCACGUGCAGGACACGCCCCCAGCCUCGCCUGUCGCCCCUCCUCCGUCACCCGUCACCCCGUGCCGCCCCGCCCCGCCCCUCCCCCGAGGCGCCCCGCGGCUGUGUGAGCAGCACAACAAAGGCGAUGGGCCGGCGAGGUAACUGUGUGUACGUGAGUGUGCACAUGUGUGCGUGUGUACGUAUGUAUGUGUGCGUGUGUGCGGCGCCGGGCCUGUGAUCUCAGGUGUGCGACAGCCAGGUGUGUCAGGCGCCCCCCGCCCCCCCAAGCCGUGUCCAGGAGGGGAUGUUUGGGUGAGGACGGAAGCGUGUGCCCCCCUCCCCCCUGGCCUCGGGCAGGGGGGCGGCGAGGGACACGAGACUGACGCCAUUUCCUCACAAUCUUUGGAAUUCCGGCCCCAGGCGGCGACGCCCUAAACACAGCGCGGCGCGGCGGUCCAAGUGAUGGACCCGCGACGCGCAGGACGUGAGCGGUGACGCGGCUCAGAUAGUGACACAAUAGACACAGUGAACCAAUGAACAACUCACUGAGGCAACGGAACUCAAGUGAAUUAUUACUAAGUCGAUGAAAACUCUGACGCGCGUGAAGGAACGAAAGUGUUCGUCGAUGAGGCAAAACGUGACAAUCAAAGAACAUAAACAGUGAACAUAAAGUGAAUCCAAAAUGCACGCGUCUAGUGAACCAAUAACGCGUGACACAAGGCAGCAAACAGACCCCGAGCCAAACGAGACAAUGAAGCGCCCGGUGAAUCACGCAGAGGGAGUUUCGCAUCCUGCCAUUGAACUCAAGGGGACGGGGCGGGGUAUGAGGGUUAAUUGGAGGCGGUACAGGUGCGCGGGACUCGCCUGUAGAAAGCAAGCAAUGGCCAGGUGUGCGAGGAGGAUCUAAUCUAGUCUUCAGAACGUCCUUUAACUCACUCACUCACUCACUCACGUAGCUCACAGUAACAUCACUAAAAAACAUGACCUUAACUUUCAUUUCAUCCAUCCUGCAUUUACUUUCCAUUCUAGUUUUAUACGUUGCAUAUUUUAAGGCAUUUGUAAUAUUUGUUCACGGCUUCCUGUGUGUAUGUCUUGAGUGUUCUUAUUUUCCCGUCGGUGGGCGCAAAGAAUAAAGGCAAUCAAAGUCCAA